GUUGAAGAACUUCAGAAAACCAAAGAUGAAACGCAACAGAAGCUUACCGAAAUCGAAGCUGCUCUGGCCGAAUUGCAAAAGGCGGAAACAAUGGCACGCCGUAACGUGGCUCAUUUCGAAACAGAGGUAUCUCAAGCCACAUCCAAGGCUCGGUAUUGGCAGCGUGAGAUUCGUGGUCUACGCUUGCAUCGCAUCGAUGAUGAUGAUGAUGUUGACGAGGAUGAAGACAAUAGAGAUACAGACAAACCACAGGAUAGUGAUGCGGACCAACCCAGUUCGUCGCAGAUCGCGGAUGGUUUGACACAAACUGCGCCUAGUCAGCCGGAGGCCGAUGGAACCAUCAGCUCCCCAUCCGGAUUGAAAAAACGUCGCGGCCGAUCCACUGAUUUACCAGCCUACACAGUGGAGCAGCUCCAGGAAAGCACUUCGUGCGGACAGGCUAUGAUAGAAUCCCCGCAUUGGAGCAUUUUGAGACGAGCUCUGAACAACGAAAUUCGUUCACGGGCCGAAGAAGAAGAAGUGCUAUCUGUGGAUACACAAGAGAUGAAGCUUCUCGAAGAGCGAAUCGCGAGUAUGGCACCGAAUAUGGCUGCUAUUGAAGAGUUUCGACGCAAAGCAGAAAUUUACUUGACGCGUGUUAGUGAGUUAAAUCAAGUGACGUCCGUUCUGGCCGAGCAACGUAAACUGAUGGAUGACGCCAAGGCCAAGCGACUUUCAGAGUUUCUCGACGGAUUUCAUUCCAUCACGGCAAAAUUGAAGGAAAUGUAUCAAAUGAUUACGCAAGGUGGUGAUGCUGAAUUGGAACUAAUCGACUCUUUGGAUCCGUUUUCGGAGGGCAUUGUGUUCAGCGUCCGGCCACCAAAAAAAUCAUGGAAAAAUAUCGCCAACUUAUCAGGUGGCGAGAAAACUCUGUCCAGUUUGGCUCUGGUUUUUGCGCUACAUCACUACAAACCUACCCCACUGUAUGUCAUGGAUGAAAUCGACGCUGCUCUCGAUUUCAAAAACGUUUCUAUCGUUGGAAACUAUUUGAAGGAGCGCACCAAAAACGCACAGUUUAUCGUUAUCUCAUUGCGUAAUAAUAUGUUCGAGCUGUCUGAUCGCCUAAUUGGAAUAUACAAGACGUUCAAUAUCACAAAAACAAUCACCUUAGAUCCUGGACCACUGAUGGAUCGACUGAGCAAGUUAGUUGUUCGGGUUGCUACCGUUCAUGGUCGUGAGAAGGAUUUAAUGGAGUAUCAACAACAACUUCAAAGUCAACGACAACAGCAGCAGCAACAACAAGAACAACAGCCACAACCAUCGAGUCAGAUGACUACUAUACCUCAUCAGGCAUAUGAUGCUCCAGAUUCUCAACCGGUCCAUCCAUCGGGACCUCACUUUUUCGAAGAUCAAGCCCCAGAUUGUCCCAUUAAGAUCAGUGACGUAAGUGGUGAAGGCACUUUGAAUAUUGAUAGUGUCUACCACAUUUUUCGGUACCGAGUGAGAGCUGUGUCGCUUUUGUUUACCGCCAAUUAA